AUGGACCACCAUUCCAACAGCUCAUCCGCCCUUGACCCCAAGAGUCAACUGCAACCCUUCCACAUAGCCACCCCUCCUCAACCACCUCCAAUUGUGGAGGACUGGAUGGGCGAGCGCACAUGCCAACAGUUCGACGGCCGCACCAUCCCAGCGACCGAUUCGUACAACCUCCUGCGCACCAUCCACGACAUUAUUGUCGACCAAGAGAAGCGCCGCGUCCCACCCCUUCUCCGUUCUCUUACUUUUGGCUCCAAGGACAAGGGCUUCGUUGUUCUAGACAAGGAGAUGUUUGAGGAGGUGGCCAGGUCAGCGUUCCCCUCGGCCAAAACCUUCCUCGGCAACAUCAGCCAGAACGCAGGCUUCUACCGGUCCAAGACCCCAGAGGGCCACCCCUGCUGGACGGACAUUGCGGGUGUCUUUGGUCGUGGCGGUCGCGAUGAACUGUACCGCCUCUCCAAGACCAAGGGCACCCAGGCAAAGUUGUCCCCCCCAGCCAUGCUCCACGCGUGGCCCGAGGAGGACAGCAUGCCAGAUGUGUGCCGCUGGCAUCCGGACGACCCCAACACCGUCCAAAUCCUCGACCGCGCCAAGUUCGAGGCUGUGGCCAUGGACGAGUUUGGCGCCACAAGCCUUACCCAGUUCUUGAACACCCUCGGCGCCACUUGGGGUUACGAGGAAGAGGAUUCCCGCCAGCGCGACACAUUCUCCUCAUCAACUCUGGCUGUCGCCAAAAAGAUGAGGCUCGGAUCGGCUGUUUCGCGGAUGGCGCUACUGCGCAUCGCUCCGACCUUGGCGGGCAUAUCCGUCUACAGGACGGUGUACAUCCCCGAGGCGAAGUCUGUCAAGGUCGUGCGCCGGUACCUCAAGCUCGACUCCAUCACCCAGUUCUUUGUGGAACAGUUCAAGAGUCUUCAAUAUCGGCCGAGUUCAUGGGAGGACCGGGGUCUGAGCAACCGCCUCGGUCAAGUCGCCGAGCACUGCGGCGUGACGGCCCAACUCUCAAACCUUUGGCAGCUUGCUCAACAGCUGUCUCAAGGAGACGGCACUCAAACCGAGGAGCGAGAACGGGCACACAAUUUUGACCUCGGAAAGCACAAAAGCAAGUUGCACCCCUAUGUCGACGACUCCUUCUCGUCCACAGACCGCGCCUUCCACGGCGCAGACAUGGAGCACCUCCUUGACAAUGACGAGAAUGCCGUUUCUCCCAUACAUAUUGAAGCUUGUGAAGCAGGCCCCGAAGCCUCUUCUCGUCCGACCCAACAUGUGCCAACUGCCGCGGCACUUGCGGAUGCCAGUGGUACAUACGACGACACAUGUGUACGUACCAGAACACGACCUGGGACUCUUGUGGUAAGCCGACCUGGGUCUCAAGCCUCAUUAUCCAGGCUGACGUUCACCGGAACUCUCCCGUACCAGAGCACCAGUAAAGAUAGGGGAUACCCAAGUGCACAGCGCUCGAGUGUGGUUAAGAGGGGUAAUGUGCGUAUGUAG